AUGGUGAACGUUUCUUUGGCAUGGGGUAUUCAUGCAUGGGAUAUGGGACGUAUAAGGGAGCAUGGAAUGGAUGGAGCAUACGUGGAGGUUAUUGAGAUGGGCGAGGGAGUUCACCUUGUUGUUGAUAAAGAGGAACAAGAGUCAUCAUCCGUCGUUGUUAAAGGGAACUCAGGGAGCAGAAUUCAGGAUAUAAUGGUGGCUUCUAUCGAUAGCUGA